GUCUUAUUAAUGUGUCAGUGCAUCAAUAAUGGUUUGAAAUAUUCACUUAAACUGCUGCUUCUAAAAAUUCUUAUUUCAUUUUGUAGGUGACAGAGAACUAAAAUGGCAACAUCAACUGUAAUGCGGGACAUCAGGUUGGGACAUAAACGGUCUAAUGUGUCUCAUGUCCCUCUGUCCAAAAGAAGGAAAGAUGAGGACAUCCCAGCAUUCCCAGCAGCUGUUUCACAGUUUGAAUCUGCAAAUAAAGGCACAUGUUUCUCCUUAAAGAAGCCAGAUGGUGCAAUUUUGAGGAAAGCAGAGCUUGAGGACACCGUUUACAAAGAUUAUCCUGCUGAUGUAAACGGCUGGGGAAGAUUCUACCUUCCAACAACUGUAACCAUGCAAGUUGUUGGCAUUGUGGAGGGCAUCUCAUGUCUGUGCGACCAGCUCGUUCUGAUGAGGACCCGUGAGGACCAGCAGGUGUACGCCUAUGAUGGAGAGGAGCUUCAUCUGGUGGCUUCAAGUGUCAAGCAGCUACUUGAUGAAGGGAUGGAGUAUCCGGCAUCCAAGACCUACUACAAGGGGGAGGCCUUCAAAGACAUGACCAAGAAGGACUGGGAUCAGGUGUGGAAGAGCGAUGUGGGGAGGAAGUUGGAUGAAGAGCAUAAAAGUCUUGUGUCAGCAAGAGAGCCCAGAUUACUGGACUUCAUGAAAAGCAAUAAGAUGCUUUGAUUGUGUUUUAUUUAACUCUGUCAUGAUUAGGGCUUCCUACAGCACAUCGUUUUCAAAUAAAUCUAAUAUUAAUA